AUGCAGCCACGACUUCUCGCCUUUGCGGCUUCUUUCCGAAGCUCAGCAAACGUGUAUAGAGGUACUCGACCAGUGGCUAGUGGUCGCAUCAAUGGCUUCAUAUGUCGAAGCUGUCAACGGAAGUUCACCACAUCGCCAACACUACAAUGGUUUGGAAAAUCAUCCAAGUCAGCAGCCAAGACUGUUGAAAAGGAGCGAAAAUACAAAUCUAGACUACUGAUCUACGAUGCGGGCGAUGCACGAACCACGUGGAUAUCUUUCUGGAAAGCAAUGGCCUUGCUGCAAUUCGGAACUACGCUCGUCUUCGGUGUGCCUCCACUUUGGAACAACGCAAAUCAACCUGAUGAACGCGUGAGGAAAAUGCAGGCUAUCACGGUCGGCAUCCUGGGCACAAUUCCCACCCUAACUCUCGCCUAUCUAACCGCCCCCUUCGUCCAUCAAGUCUUCCUCCAGAUCCCCGAACACGCCCGCCGCUCUCGCCAGGACCUCAUCCGCUUCGCCACCUCCCUCCGCACAAAUCCUAACCAAACGGCAAACACAAAGCUCGAAUUCGUAACCCUCCGCAUCUUCCCUUUCCGCAAACACACGACCGCCUUUCUUCACGAACUCCGCGCUUUACCUGCAAAACGAUUCCGCCUAGCUAACAUUGAGCUACCCAAAAGUGAUGCUUGGGCGAAAAGGCAGAGGGAGAAGGGUGUGUUGAGACGGGUUGUUGAGGUGGUGAGUGAGCCGAGGUUUAAAUUUUAUGUCAAGGAGGGACGGUUAUACACGAUGAAGACGGGCGUACCGGGUGUGUGGGAGGAGGUUGCUAGGAGGAUUCAGGAACAGACUGCUGAGGAGGAGAAGAAGGUAGAGGACGAGAGAGCUGGUAGAGCUAGUGUGGUGAAGAGGCCGGUUGUUGGGACGAGGAAGCUGCUGAGGCCUGUUGUGAAGGUUGAUGAGCGGAUGAAGAGACAGACUACUAGGCAACUUAAGAAGUGA